CGUCCCCAUGGAUACGUUGGCUCUAAUGACCAAGGGAUGGAGCACGACACCAGGCUCAGCUCCAGGGCCCUACGCUUAUCAGGCACUGGACGAAGAACACCAGGAGUUGCGACUCUUGAAACUUGUGCCAUCUCGCGACCCCAAGGACCCUCUCAGAGCGACCAUCGUCACAGUACGCCCCGACUGGGUGGCGUUAGCUUCUGACCCCAAUCACCCAGGUCUUCGCUGGACAGCGUUAUCGUAUGUUUGGGCUGACCCGGAUGAGCCUACUGUCGUCCUUGAUGGCCAGCAACUCCGAGAUACGCAAAAGAAGGAGGAAAUCCUCAUCGGAAACACCGCCGUCAAGAUUACAUCCAAUCUAUUCAGCGCCCUUAUGUCAAUCCGUGCUUACAAAGAGUUCUGCACCAUCUGGGCCGAUCAGCUCUGUAUUGACCAGGCCAACUUGAGUGAGAGAGCAAGCCAAGUGCAGCUGAUGCACAUGAUAUUUUCCCUGGCGGAGAACGUUCUGGUGUGGUUGGGGAAAGCAAUCAGAGGAGAGAAGACACGGAUGUUUUCACAAAUGCUCACAUGGCUUCUUAGCCCGCAACGGACCGGCCUGCUCGAAGACGCUCCCUCGCUCGCCCGAUUCACGGCCAAGCUGAUGACAGAGGAGCCGCACUUGUAUCCGCCUCCGAGCGAGGACCAUCACCUCUUCACCAAGCAAAUAGCCAAGGACAUUCUGGAAGACCCUUGGUUCAGUCGAUCCUGGGUUAUCCAGGAAGCGGUGCAUGCCAAAAAUCUCCUCGUGUAUCUAGGCCCGGUAGUCGUCCCGUGGGAGAUAUUCGAGGGAGCCAUCUCCGGUUUGUCAUACUGGAGCAUCCCAUGGAGUGCGGCUGAAGAUUCUACCUCGGCCACAUUCCAUCGUGGCGGACUUCAGAUUCUCAAGAAAACCCGGGAGUGGCAGGAAAGUCGGUACAAACAGAAGACCCUUCUUCCGUCAGCCCCAUUGUCCACUCUCCUUCAGGGGCUGCGGGUCAGUCGAAGCACAGAUGCUCGCGAUAAAGUCUACGCCUUUUGGCACAUGUCUCAUCAGGAGUUUCGGGCCGAAAAGGGUCAGAUAGAUCCAUUGCCGAUCUCUUACGAGAGAAGUACACAGGAGGUCUAUGGACGGACCGUGGCAUACUGCAUCAACACUGAAAUGAAUCUGGACGUGCUCUCUUGCGCUUGCAAGCAUGAGGUAUCAAGCCAGGAGUCUGGGUUUCCAUCCUGGAUGCAUGACUGGCAAGUCCAUCCUGACCAACUCGGGUGCGCGACUGAUCUGCACAAUAUUCUCCCUCAGCGAGGAUGUGAUGCGUAUGCCGUCAACAGCGAAGGCCAUGGCGGCAAGACCCCGUUCAACGCUUGCGCAGGCCGCCCAGCUCAUUACGGAAGACCUCCUGAUGAACCUGGACUGAUCAUCUAUGGACAGUUCGAGCGCAUUGGAUUAAGGGGAAUCGUCUUUGAUGAGAUCCGGACGGUGACCUCGGUGGGCCACUCCACCUCGCCGGAGGCGGAGGCGAGUACUGACCAAGAAAUGGACUGGAACUCCUGGUGGGACUACGCGACGACAGAGAUAGAGGGCGAUCCAUACCUCGAACCCGAAAGCCGUAUCGAAGCCUUCUGCCACGCCCUGACAUUUGGCCACGUCAAAAUCCCGGGAUCUGCCCAUGAGGAAGUGAGACAAGAUUUCGAAAAUUGGUGGGCCGCUGGGAGGCCCCUCCACGAGCCAAGUUCUGCUCAUUCCUCUAGCUGGAGCGAACGACUACGGUCCCACGAAGCAUUUAAGAAGCUCUCAUUUCCCAACGGGCUUUACGUCAAUAAGAGGAGAUUGUUCCGGACCGCCCGAGGCUACGUUGGCUCUGCAUGUGAACAUAUCGAACCAGGGGACACGGUAUGGGUUUUGUGGGGUGGUGCGUUGCCCUUUCUCUUGCGCGAAAUCGAAGGAGAGGAGGGCGUCUACCACGUGGUAGGAGGGGCGGUUUACAUCCACGGGAUCAUGUUUGGAGAGGCGGUUGAGAAGGUUGAAGAGGAGGGAACCAAGCCAGGAGGGAUCUGGCUUGCUUAGACAUGUAGAUGUCAUGCUUGAUUCCGCUUGAUGAACGCGCAUCUACCAGGUGUUUUCUGCACUGCGGACUGAGGUUCAGUUGGCAAGGCAACCAAUAGAAUUGCUCCG